AUGGGAGGCAAGCCCGACAGCCAAGUUAUCGACGAGUUCAACGACUACGUCAACAUGACGCCUGACGAGCUGAGAGACUGGUUGGACACGAAUUCGUCGCAAACUGCGGGGUGGAGUAAGGAUAAUGAUGGCAAGGUCAAGUCGGGUCAGGAGAGUGUUGGACACGAGUCGGGCAGGAAGAUUAUCGACAUCCUCGAGCGCAACCCCGACAAAGAUCCGGAGCAAUACACCGACGAGGAUAUCGAGCACAUGCGCAAGGUCACCUCGUAUUGCAAGCGCCAUCUCGCGCAGGAGGAGAAGAACAAUGCGGAGAAAGAUCCGGAGGAGUUGGAGCAAACCAAGUCGUACAGGUCCCUUAAGAACUGGGGACACGACUCGCUCAAGUGA